AUGAACGAGUCGCUGGUGGUGAACGACUCCUCUGUGAGCCCUGUGGCUGGAGAAGCUCUCCCAUGGAUGGAGGCUGACUCUCCAGAGCACAACCGCAGCCUGGAGUUCUCCACCGCCCCGUUAGACUUCCCCAUCAACCCGUGGGACAUUAUGCUCUGCAUGUCGGGCACCGUCAUCGCCUGCGAAAACGCUAUAGUGGUAGCAAUCAUCUUCUACACACCCACGCUGAGGACUCCCAUGUUCGUGCUGAUCGGGAGCCUGGCCACGGCGGACCUGCUGGCCGGCAUGGGAUUAAUCCUGAACUUUGUGUUCCAGUACGUGAUCUCCUCUGAGACUAUUAGCCUUAUCACUGUCGGCUUCCUGGUGGCCUCCUUCACUGCGUCCAUCAGCAGCCUUCUCGCCAUAACAGUGGACCGCUACUUCUCCCUCUACAAUGCUCUGACGUACUUCUCAGAGAAGACGCUGCAGUAUGUCCAUCUGAUGUUACUGGGGACCUGGGGGGUGUCUCUGUUCCUGGGCCUGCUGCCGGUGCUCGGCUGGAACUGCCUGGACGAGCCGGCCUCCUGCAGCAUCGUUCGCCCUCUGACCCGGAGCAACGUCACGCUCCUGGCCACCUCCUUCUUCGCCAUCUUCGUGCUCAUGCUGACCCUCUACUUCAAGAUCUGCAAGGUGGUGUGCCACCACGCCCACCAGAUCGCCCUCCAGCAGCACUUCUUUGCCACGUCGCAUUACAUGGCCACUAAGAAGGGGGUCUCCACUUUGGCGAUCAUCUUGGGGACGUUUGGCGCCAGCUGGUUGCCCUUCGCCAUCUACUGCCUGGUGGGCGAGAAGGAGUAUCCAUCGGUGUACACCUAUGCCACACUGCUGCCAGCCACCUACAACUCCAUGAUCAACCCCAUCAUCUACGCCUACAGAAACGCGGAGAUCCAGCGCUCCAUCUACAUGCUUCUCUGCGGCUGCUUUCAGGCCAACAAGGCCUACCGGUCCAGGUCACCAAGCGAAGUCUAA